CGCCCCCGGCGCCCCCCGCGGAGCAAUGGCGAGGCCGCGUCUGCGUCACGUGAGGGCGCUCGUGCGCCGGCGGACGUGGCCUGUCCCCACAGUGCUCCGCGGCCGCCGUGGCGGUGCUGGGGUGGCGCCGCGCUCCACUCCGUUCCGAUGGCACAAGAUGAGCUGUAACGAUCAUUUCGAAAGUGAACAGAGUAAUAUUUUUCCUUCUGAGAGCUGGCAACAGGAUUCCGAGCUUCUCCUGCAGUGCCGUCAUAUUCCCUUUUCCUAGAAUGGGGCAUGGAGUUACGUUCCUGUUUUCACUUUAGCUGCUAAUGAAGUUAUUUACUUCAUCAGAAGAAAUGCAGAUCCAUGAAAUUACAUUUUGCGCAAGUUGCCGUUAACUCUGUUGGCAAUGUCUAUGAUUUUAUCUGCCUCUGUGGUCCGUGUGAGGGAUGGACUCCCACUGUCUGCAUCUACCGAUUAUGAUCAAAGCACGGGAGUGCAGGAAUGUAGGAAAUACUUUAAAAUGCUCUCAAAGAAACUUUCUCAGCUUCCUGAUAGAUGUACUCUGAAAACUGGGCAGUACAACAUAAACUUUAUCAGUUCUCUGGGAGUAAGUUACAUGAUGUUGUGCACUGAAAACUAUCCCAGUGUUUUGGCUUUCUGCUUCCUGGAUGAGCUUCAGAAAGAGUUCAUCACUACCUACAAUAUGAUGAAGACAAACACUGCUGUCAGACCGUAUUGUUUUAUAGAGUUUGAUAAUUUCAUUCAGAGGACCAAACAGAGAUACAACAACACACGUUCGUUAUCGACAAAGAUGAACCUUGCUGACAUGCAGACAGAAAUCAAACUGAGGCCGCCUUAUCAAAUUUCCCUGUCGGAACUUGGUUCAGCUAAUGGGUUUACACACUUAUCUGCAGCAGAGUAUAGGGGUACCGGUAAGAUAUCUGCAGCCCCUCACCAACGUCUGGAACCUGUGACUCUGCCCGGGAUCGUCUCAUUUGUACUUAGUCUGUUGUGCGGAGCUUUGAAUUUAAUCCGUGGCUUUCAUGCCAUAGAAAGUCUUCUACAGAAUGAAGGUGAAGAUUUCAGCUACAUUAUUGCAUUUUUUCUUGGAACAGCAGCCUGUUUGUACCAGUGUUACCUGUUUGUCUAUUACACAGGCUGGAGGAAUGCCAAAUCCUUCCUGACUUUUGGGUUAAUUUGCCUGUGUAACAUGUACCUGUAUGAACUGCGCAACCUGUGGCAGCUCUUCUUUCACGUGACUGUGGGAGCAUUUUCAACGUUGCAAAUCCGACUGCGACGGCCGCAGGGGAAGUCCCCAGAUUACAAUGUCUGACAAGUCCAUUGAAGGACAUUCAGAGGCAGUCUUGUUCCAACAGAUACUCACUCUCAGGAAUGUAAAGCUGUUCUCCAAAAGAAGAAGCUGUCUGGAUGGCGCUUUUUGGUUUUGUUCCUUUUUUUUAAUAAAGCAAUGUAAGAUGCCUGUGGACGUUUUUCACUUGCUGGUUAAAAAAACCUCUUAUUUUAAAGGAACAGCUGAGGACACAAACGAACACAGAACUAGAGGAGAAAAAUGGGUCGUAUCGUGCAGUGAAAUAUAUGUUGAUGGGAGACUCAUUUUGGGGAAUUUGGUGGCAUGAAAAAAGCUUUGCUCAAGAGUGUGUCAAUGGAAGGAAUGUACAGAGUAUGUGUCAUGCAUAUCACGCGAGCUCUUCACUUCCAAAAUCAGUUUUGCCUUUGUGAGGCAGUAGAGGAUAGGCUAAGUUAAUAUUAAAAAUGCUGUUGCAUAUUAGCAAACUAGAUUUGGAAUAUGUAAGCUACUAAAUUUUGGAAUGUUUUGUUACACGUUGACAUUAGCGUGUUUUCUUGAUUAAAACAUAACCUGGAAA